UUAUUCUCGGCGCACGUCAGUUCAACGGCGCGGUGACCGGCAACAGCCGGUACGUGAGAGGGGAGCCACAUCGCGAAUGUUUCGAUCAAGACACUUUAUAGCCGAUCAUCAACGAAGACCUUGUCCCGAGCGACGGACGCACUCUUUCUCGCUUCGAGGAGUAUUUGGUGCCUCGAUCCAGACUUGGUCUCGGUCAGAAUAGCAGUGGUAUCUGAAGUUGUUUUGGUGAAAUCUGCUACGGAGGGUGAUGAGAGUUUGGUUGCCAUGGGUACCGGAAUUCGAGAUUUCCGGGCAGUGAUUAACGAAUUCAAUCAUGACCACCUCUUCCCCGAUCCGAUCACUGCCGAAGGCUUCAAGCUCGGAGCGCCGCCGGCGAUGACUGCCUCAAAUCAUACUGGCUUAUUCGACCUCCAGAGUAUUCCCGCUGUACAUACCCUUGAUUCCACAUCUGAUUCGAGUGCUGUGUUCGGUACUGGCAUGGAUGGCGGAUUUAGUUAUGGUCUCUUCACCGAGGAGAAUGCCUUGAGUAGCUUAGACCUAGGAGAACCACAGCCCUUUUCGAAUCUCCCGGAUGUUCAUCCUGGGUUUUCACCUUCGGUUUCCACCCCAAACUCCAACCUUGUGCCAUCUUUGAGUGUAAGCACGAAGGUCGAUGUCUUGGAAGACUCUGAGAUCUUCUCUGACAUUGUCCUCAACUAUAUUGAGCGGAUGCUCAUGGAGGAGAACAUUGAUGAGAAAUUUGAUGUAUAUCCAGAACACCCUGCUCUCAGAGUUGCAGAGAAACCCUUCUAUGAGAUCUUAGGUGAGAAGUUCCGACAUUCAGCUGAUCAGCCAUCAUCGUGUUCCAGCCAUUUCUCGGAUAACCCCAAUGACCUUAACCACCAUGGGAGUUCCAGUGUCAAUAUCGGUGGCAGCAUGGUUGCCGGCAACAGCUGGCCAUAUGAUCCUAUCGAGUACUCUCAGCUACAAGCUCAUCCUGUCGUUGACGACUCUUCACAGUCUUCAUUUUCUUCAACAAAUAUUUUUGGUAAUAUCGUAGUAGGGGUUGAGGAGUCUCUUCUAAGCACACUUACGGCUCCUGAUUUCGUUACUGAAAGCCAACCUGCUUGGCAAUUCCAGAGGGGAGUUGAGGAGGCACGCAAAUUCCUUCCAAGUGCUGAUAGGUUGGUAGUCAACUUGGAAGCUGAUGGUUUCUCCUUACUUCAAGGGACAAAAGAACAAAGGGGAUUGGUUGAGGUCAAAGAAGAGGCUGAAGACAAAGAACAGCCGGUUCAUCCAGCGAGGGGUCGGAAGAAUCCACAUGGGGAGGAUUUGGAUACAGAGGGAAGGAGCAAUAAACAGUCAGCGGUUUUCAUCGAGGAGACUCUUCGCACAGAAAUGUUUGAUGAUGUUCUGCUAUGUAAUGGGGAAAAUUGUGCAAAGGGUGUCAAUGAACUCCGACUGAAAUUGCAGAACCAAGCAAGCAAAAUUUCCCAAAUCUGUCAUUCUAAAGGAUCAAGUGGUGGGGGAAGGGGUCGAGGGAAGAACCAGUCAAAGAGGGAGGUGGUGGAUUUUGAAACUCUCCUCAUUCAAUGUGCUCAAGCUGUGGCGACAGAUGAUCAUCCAAGUACAAAUGAAUUGUUGAAACAAAUCAGACAGCACUCUUCUCCUCAUGGAGAUGCGAACCAGAGGUUAGCCCAUUGGUUUGCCGAUGGCCUCCAGGCUCGCCUUGUGGGUACAGGAAGUCAGGUCUACCAUUCCCUGGCUGCAUACCGGAUUCCUGUUACUGACAUUCUAAAAGCUUACCAGCUUUAUCUGGCUGCUUGCCCUUUCAGAAAGAUCUCUCACUUCUUCUCUACCCAGACCAUUGUAAAUGUGGUGGAGAAGGCAACGCGGUUGCACAUUAUAGAUUUUGGCAUAUACUAUGGUUUCCAGUGGCCAGAUCUCAUGCAACGUCUUUCUAAUAGGCCUGGUGGGCCUCCGAAGCUUCGCAUGACCGGUAUCGAUGUACCUGUGCACGGAUUCCGUCCGACGGAGCUGAUUCAUGAAACAGGGCACCGGUUAGCUGAUUAUGCACGCAGUUUCAACAUCCCUUUCGAGUUUCGGGCAAUCGCUGCUAAGUGGGAGACCAUUCGAGUAGAGGAUCUCAACAUCGAUAAAGAUGAGGUGUUGGUGGUCAACUGUUUAUACAGGUUUAGGAAUCUGAUGGAUGAGACGGUGCUAGUGGAUAGUCCAAGGGAUGCAGUCCUGAAAACCGUAAGAAAGAUCAACCCAAAUGUGUUCAUUCAUGGUGUCCUUAAUGGCACGUACGGUGCUCCAUUCUUCCUCACACGUUUUCGGGAAGCUCUGUUCCACUUUUCUUGUAUGUUUGACAUGAUUGAGAUGACCGUGCCACGUGAGGAUGAACCCAGACAGCUGAUCGAAAAGGUAAUGUUCGGCCGUGAGGCUCUCAAUGUCAUCUCUUGCGAGGGUACAGAAAGGGUGGAGAGGCCGGAGACCUACAAGCGGUGGCAUGCAAGGAACCUGAGGGCCGGGUUCACUCAGCUUCCAUUGAACCCUGACAUCGUGAAGAAAGCAAAGAACAAGGUGAAAUCCUGCUACCACAAGGAUUUUGUUGUUGUCGAAGAUAGCCAAUGGCUGCUACAGGGGUGGAAGGGGAGGAUCAUUUAUGCACUAUCCACAUGGAAAUCGAAUAGAUAGUAGAAACCAAGAGUCGUUUCUUCUGAUCCCAGGGCUAACUAAUAUCGGUCGUUCAUUCAUUAUAAGGUGAUUUUUGCUGCAAGAGUUGCAGUUCACACUUUCAUCAUUCUUUUUAUGCCCAUGAAAACUUGGACAUCUCUGUGCAUGUCAAACAUGGUUUGUUUUCAGUUGAUAAGUCACCUGACUU